UUAAAGAAGAUUUAUUAUAGCAAUUGUUUUGAUAAAUAUAUUAAAUCGAACAAAAUCAGAGAUAAACUAUUAACUCCUACUCAAUGAUGGGGCCAAAAACUAUAACUCUCGUGGUAAUCUUUUGUAAUCUUGUUUACAUCCAAUGCUUUCCUAAUCAUCUUCUUUCCCAUAACGAUGCUCGGGCAGAAGAUCACUUCUCUGAUCUGCAACAAGUUGGCGACAAUUUCGUAGUUGAAGAUGCUGUGGAUGAUAACGUAGUUGGUUUGAAUGACCCAGUUGCCCUGAGAGCCAGUGGUGUUGGAGGGCUUAUAGUUGGCUUGGGACAAAUGGCUAAUGGCAUAGUCCACGUUUUAGGUAAAGGUGCAGAGUUUCUUAUUGGUGACGGUGAUGAUCCUCCAACAAUCAUUGUGCAUCAGCUUCCACCACCUCCAAUAGUGGUGCCACCAUAUCUACCGGAACAAGUGCCAGCAGAAGUAAUUAAUAAUGAAUAAUAUCAUAUUAUUAUUAAAAGUACCAUGUUGUAACUAAUCCUGUCAUUGGAUGAUAAAUAAUAAUAAUAAAAUCAUUUAUAUAAAA